CCUUCGCUUAUCCUGCUCUACUUCGACGUCCCAUAAUUCAGUGCGCUCAUAAAGUCUUUCGAGAGGACGUUACGAUAAGGACACAGCUAGAGACAGACCCAUUAUCUUUGACUGAAGAUGGCUGAUGUUAUUGAGGACAAGAUGAAGAACUACAGAACGGCUCCGUUCGAUGCCCGUUUUCCAAAUACUAACCAGACAAGAAACUGUUUCCAGAAUUACCUUGACUUCCACAGGUGUAAUAAGGCUUUGUCAAGCAAAGGCCAGGACACUUCUCCCUGUGAAUGGUAUCAGAGAGUCUACAACAGCCUGUGUCCGAUGAGCUGGGUGGAGAAGUGGGAUGGGCAGAUUGACGAUGGAAGCUUCCCUGGAAAGAUCUAAACGAUCACCGUUACUUUAAAUUUAAGAGCCCCCAACCUUUUGUAGAGUACCUCAUAAUGUUAUAUGAUCUUGUCUUAGUUAUUGGUUUGCCUCCUGAAGGGUGAAAGGUCGUUCAGAGUGGGCUUUGGAAAGUCCUGCAUAAUCAUUGAUCUUGGUGUCACUCUACAUCCUACUGUUGCAAAUAAAAUAAAAAACGCACAAUUUCAUCUAAA